UAUGGUCAUGUGAUAUAACCCGGAAGGAUUAUAUUUUCGUCGCCACCCUCUGUGUGCAAUAUUUGACAUUUUAUUCUACGGUAUUGCCUAUGAUAAUAAGUAUAAAAAAAAUGGAUAAAUACAAUAAACAAUCGUUGAACUCAAUGCCAGGCACUGUUCCAGAUUUUAUAGGGAAUGAUGGAUCAUUGUUGAAAGUACUGAAGACGUUGCUGUUCUUCACUAUCAUGAUGAUAACCCUGCCAAUAGGAUUAUAUUUUACAUCAAAAUCAUAUCUCUUUGAAGCUUCUGGAUUUUCCAGCAAUGACAGUUACUUCUAUGCUGCCAUCGUGGCAGUGAUAGCUGUUCAUGUGAUCUUGGCCUUCUUUGUAUAUGUUGCAUGGAAUGAAGGCUCAAGUCAGACGAGAGAGGGCAAGCAGGACUAGGAGGAGCAGGCUGUUUUUACGGACCUGCAGAGGACGAUCACAUCAAUCCCACCACGCACAUAGAAGACUGACACUGAACUGGCAUCUACACACCCACUGAUGUGGUGCAGUGGAUGGUUGCCAUAGUUCAGGAUUUAUGUGCUUGGAGACAGGAAACUAUGCAAUAUUUGUCAAUGGACAGAAUUCAGAGCGAUGUCCCAAUGUGUUUGUCAGGUUGUAACAGUUCAAAGUGAAGUUGCGGUUGUUAAAUUAUCUAUCCUGUUGUCUAGUUUCGGCGAUAAAUCAAAACCUUGUAUUUGGUAAAUAUUGCUAUGCCGCUAAAAUAAUGGAUAGUGAUUCAUUCUCUGUAAUGUAAAUGCUUUAUAGACAUCUAUGUAUCAACCUGAUAUGAACUGCUGUGGUUUUGCUUCAUAGGAUCCACGCUUGUAAACAUGAAAAAUAUUGAAUGAAGUCAAAGCUUGAUAAUAAGGCGCUUCUAAAAGCAAUUUUUCCUUUUUGAUGCGUCUUUCUCUCAGAUUCUGUCAGUGAUUUGCACUUUAUAAUUUGAUCUCCCAAGGCUCUUGACUGACAAGUUGUAUUUAGUUUGUUUUCAACCCCAAAAAAAAUCAGAAUUAUAAAUGGAUGACCUAUUAA